AUGAUGGAGGCAAACAAGACGCAGGUGAUGGAGUUUGUUCUCACAGGACUGACAGAUCGUCCAGGGAUGCAGGUUCCCCUGUUCCUGGCGUUCUUGGUCAUCUAUCUCACCACCAUGGUGGGCAACCUCGGACUGAUUUUCCUCAUCUGGAAGGACCCUCAUCUUCACACUCCCAUGUACUUAUUCCUUGGCAGUUUGGCCUUUGCAGAUGCUUGUUCCUCAUCCUCUGUGACUCCCAGGAUGUUUGUCAGCAUCUUAGACAAAAGUCAAGUGAUAUCCCUCUUUGAGUGCAUGGCCCAGUAUUAUUUUUUUGGUUCCAGUGCCACCACAGAGUGUUUCCUCUUGGUAGUGAUGGCCUAUGACCGCUACGCAGCCAUAUGCAACCCCUUGCUUUAUCCAGUGGUGAUAGCUGUCACUAAGGUGGGGUGUAACCCAGCAGCAGAUUGGUACAUUCUUCUGUGGUUUUGUCAGCACGGGUUGAUACAUAGCAGGACUGCCAUCUUCAUAGGCCCCCUGGAGAAACAGCCAUAG